UCCUUCAGUCCGUAGGCCUCAGAGCCAGUUCUGCCCCGUGCUGAGAUGGGGCUGUCCCAGCUAUGGCUGUGGCUGAAGCGGCUUUUGAUAUUUCUGCAGGUAGCCUUGGAGGUGGCUACAGGCAAGGUGCUAAUGACACUGUUCCCAGAGAGAGUCAAGCAGAACAUCCUGGCCAUGGGCCAAAAGACCGGAAUGACCAGGAAUCCCCGAUUCGCCCCUGACAACUGGGUCCCCACCUUCUUCAGCAUCCAGUACUUCUGGUUCGUCCUGAAGGUCCGCUGGCAGAGACUGGAAGACAGGGCUGAGUAUGGGGGGCUGGCCCCCAACUGCACCGUGGUCUGCCUCUCAGGACAGAAGUGCAACGUCUGGGAUUUCAUUCAAGGCAGCAGACCCCUGGUGUUGAACUUCGGCAGCUGCACCUGACCUUCAUUUCUCCUCAAAUUUGACCAGUUCAAGAGACUUGUAGACGACUUUGCCUCCACAGCUGACUUCCUCAUCAUUUACAUUGAAGAAGCUCACGCCACAGAUGGAUGGGCUUUUAAGAACAACGUGGACAUCAGGCAGCACCGAAGCCUCCAGGACCGCCUGCGGGCAGCACAUCUGCUGCUGGCCAGGAGCCCCCAGUGUCCUGUGGUGGUGGACACAAUGCAGAACCAGAGCAGCCAGCUCUAUGCAGCUCUGCCUGAGAGGCUCUACGUGAUACAGGAAGGCAGGAUCUGCUACAAGGGUAAACCUGGCCCUUGGAACUACAAUCCUGAGGAAGUCCGAGCUGUUCUGGAAAAGCUUUGCACCCCACCUGGACACGUGCCUCAGCUCUAGGGGGCCAGCAGGAAGGUCCCCCAAGCUUGGUACUCCUCCCCACCAGUACAGAUGUCCUUUAGCUUUGACCUUCGUUCCCAGAUCAAUUACUAGCUCAGAUUUUUCUGAUCUGAACAAAUAACUACCCGGGAGGCAAUUCAGUUCACAGCACCCAACCAGUACAAAUUGUUACAACCAGAGAUAAAGCAAUACCGAGCUGUUAGCAAAAGUAAGCGUGCAGCUCUGCACCACUCCCACAGCAGAGACCGAUCCAGUGUGUGCCCCUUCUGGUGGAAGGGUACUCAUGCUUGGUUGGCCGACUUCUGAAGUGUAGUGACUCAUGAUGAUGACGUCAAAAGCUCAAUCCAUUUGUCCAAGUUUGCCACUCAUAGAAUCAGUUGUUUAGUACCAAGCGACAGGCAGGCAUAUUUCUACUUGUAGGAACCAAAGACAUUGGAAACACUUUUCUGGCCCUAAGAUUGAAAUCCGUUAAUAUUGUUGGUGAUAGGUGUUUCCAUGGCAACCUAUAAUCUAAUUCUGCUCCCUCUACCAUCUUUGAAUAGAUUGCAGAGAAAUCUGGCUCUCUGGUACUGACACAAAAGCUUUAUAACUUUAACGAAACCAAAUCACAAGCGCCAGCAAAAGCUGCCAUUCCCCUGCUGUAACUCUGUUCCACUGGCGCCCAGUCUCUUACUGGUCUUUCAUGUUAGAUGGCUUUGGACUGACGGGUAGCCAUGGGUUCAUCUGUCAUGUCUGCUUCUUUUUAUAUUUGUUUAUGAUGGUCACAGUGUAAAGUUCACACAGCUGUGACUUGAUUUUUAAAAAUGUCGGAAGAUGCAACAAGCUAACGAUUAAAACCCGUCAGGCUA